AUGGCCGCUAAGUCGGAUGGAGCAGCGGUGUCUGUGGAAGAUGACAACACGCCCAGGAGCCUGUCGGAACCGGGGCUCCCCGCAGCCCGGCCCCGGUGCACGGCUGCCGGGGGGAAGCCCUACACGGUGCUGGACUGCUGCUGGGUGCUGUGCGCGCUGCUCGUCUUCUUCUCCGACGGCGCCACCGACCUGUGGCUGGCCGCAGACUACUACCUGAGAGGCGACUACUGGUGGUUCGGCUUGACGCUCGUCUUCGUCGUGGUGCCGUCCGCCGUGGUCCAGGUGCUGAGUUUCAGGUGGUUCGUGUAUGACUACUCGGAUCUGAGCGGCGGGGAUGGAGCGGCGAGCGGCAGCGGUAGCGGCAGCGGUGCGGUGGCGGCAGGCGCGGCAGGCGGAGCGGCCGCGGCAGGCGACAGCACUUUAAGCACCAAGGACAGCGACCAGAGCGGAGGGAGCGCGGCGGCGGUGGGGAACGCUAAUGUUGCCCCGGUGUACACGUCCUCCGGGCCGCCUGCACCUGCGGGGAGAGUCGGGAACCCCCCGAGGUGCUGCACCGUCUGCAUGUGGGUCUUUCAAACCGUACUCCACGUCCUGCAGCUCGGCCAAGUGUGGAGGUAUAUCCACGCCCUCUACCUGGGUGCUCAGAGCCGUUGGCAUAGCAACAAGCCCCGUCGCCAUUUCCACUGGAGGCUGAUGUUUGAGAGCGCUGACAUCACCAUGCUCCGCCUCCUGGAGGCGUUCCUGAAGUCGGCACCGCAGCUCGUCCUGCAGCUGAGCAUCAUGAUCCACGGAAACGCCGUCCUGCCGCUGCAAGGUCUCUCAGCCUCGGCGUCCCUGGUCUCUCUGGCCUGGAUGAUCGCCUCCUACCAGAAGGUUCUGCGGGACUCUCGUGACGAUAAGCUGCCCAUGUCCUACAAAGCCGUGAUCGCGCAGAUGCUGUGGCACUUCUUCACCAUCGGGGCCAGGACCGUGGCCUUCGCCCUGUUCGCCUCCGUCUUCCAGCUCUACUUCGGCAUUUUCAUCGUCAGCCACUGGUGUGUGAUGACGUUCUGGAUCAUUCAGGGAGAGACGGACUUCUGCAUGUCGAAGUGGGAGGAGAUCAUCUACAAUAUGGUGGUGGGCAUCAUCUACAUCUUCUGCUGGUUCAACGUUAAAGAAGGCCCGAGCCGGUUCCGGAUGACCGUCUACUACUCUGUGACGCUGGCCGAGAACGUGGCGCUGACCGCCGCCUGGUACACCUACCGCGGCUCCCACGCCUCCGACUCCUCGGCCCUGGUGGUGGUCUGCCUGGUGGCCUGCAGCUUCGCCCUGGGGACCUUCUUCAUGCUGGUGUACUACUGCUGGCUGCACCCGGACGGGCCCGUUCUGGGCUCGCAGUGGGCCGGCUGUGUGGACGAGGGCGUGGUGGGGGCAGGAGGGGUGGCGGGAGUGAUCGACGCCUGCCUCACGCCGUCCCAAGGCUCCCAGACGGACAUGGUCAUCACGAGUCCACCCAGGACUCUGCCCAGGACUAAAGACCCCGGGGAUCCGGUUCCUGGGGAGCGAGACAGGGAACGGGACAGGGACAGCGUCCUGCCGGUGUUCCAGGUGCGUCCCUCCCCUUCCUCCUCUCCGGCGCUCCUCCACAGGACCUCCUCCUCGUCCCGUGCUCAGGAGGGCCCCGUGAUCCGGAUCGACCUCCCCAGAAAGAGAUACCCGGCCUGGGACGCGCACUUUAUCGAUCGACGUCUCCGCAAGACCAUCCUGCUUCUGGAAACCACAUCAGCAGUGAGUCCAAGGAUCCAGUACAGGAGCAGCAUGAUGGGCAGCAAAGAGGUGUUAGAAUACGAAACGACUGUGUGAGCCGACGGGGCUCUGAAACCUCAACGCGCAGUCUGAGACCAAGGCCCAGUCCAGGACUCUCUAACCCGCCAGGAGAAACGUGGACAGGAGACAUGAAGCAACACUUUUUAAGAAAAAGGUUGUUCAAAUGUGAUUGUAAAAUGUGAAGCGCAAUCUGGGACCCAGGCUCUCCCCUUAGGACUCGGUCCAGGAGUCAGUAGCAUGAACGAGCCACGGGACGUGAACAGAGUAACACUGAACUGGGAUAAUCCUCGACUUUUCUAAAAGCUCGGAGCUGAGAAUCUAAUCUUUCAUCCUGGGACCAAGGAGUGUUAGAUGUAGUUUCACGGUCAGUAAGAGAGGUAAAUGAAUUAAAAAAGCAGCAGAGUUUGAUUUGGAUUUAGGAGUGCGGUGCAUGAAUUUGAGCCUCGGACUCUGGAGACCAAACAGAGACUUACUGAGAGAUAUUUAGGGACAGAAUGCUGGGAAUUUCAGUGGACAUGUGGUCAUUCGGUUAAAAAAAAAAAAAAAAAAAAAUCUGUCAGAGUAUGGUGACUCAUUACCCGUGACAUGUUGGUUUAUGAUGAGACAUCCGGAGGUCUGGGUUCAAACUGGGCUGAAUUUGGAUGAAAAGUUGUUUUUUAGUCAGAAAUCAGUUGAGUAUUUCUGUAUGACGCACGACGUAACUACAGUAUGAAAUAUAUGAAUAAAAUGUGAAUGAAACAUGUUUAUAUUUACCCUAGUUGUCUCACUUCUCGACUAAAUUCAGCACAGAUUGAACCCUUUAUAGUGAAAGAAACACUGUCGGUGACUUCGAACGGUUUACAGAAGACAGAAAAUAACUCAAUUGUAGUCCAGUCCAUGCUUACAGAAGGUUGCAUGUCCCGUCAAAAUGUAUGAAAACAGUCUCCUGAGCAUUCUCUUCAUGGUGUCCGAUGAAAAACAGAAUUUACGGGACCUGGCUAACAUGUGACCUCGGCUCCGUAAUGGAUCAUAUGAAGAAACGCCGGGCCUAACAGCAACAUUCACAUGUUCUACAGAAAACAGCCAUAGAAAAACAACCUAAAAUGCUCUCAAAUUUCCCAGUAGAGUGCUUAAGUCCUACCCCUUCCACAAGAGAAAAACUGUUUUAUUCUGUUGAAAUCGCACCAAUAUUUACACAUAUGUGUGUCAACUUAAAAA